AUGAACCUACGUGAGGUCGACCUGGGGCUCAUUGAGGAUAAGAUCGAACGGGUAUUUCGGGAAACAUACAACAAGUAUUUGUUGACAGAUGCGGGCACGUCGAGAUUGGUUCUGGUCAUCCCAUCUAUUAUGCCCCAUCCGUUACUGUCGUCAGUUUUGUCCACUCUCUUCAGCCGAUGGCGAUUUCCCAGCAUCACACUUCUUCCAAGCCCUGCAAUGGCCGCCAUUGCAGCAGGAGUUCGUUCGGCGUUAGUGAUAGACCUGGGAUGGGCUGAGACUACCGUGACCGGGAUUUACGAAUUUAGGGAGAUCGCGACCAAACGAAGUACAAGAGCCAUGCGAUCUCUGCUUCAGGAGACAGGAAAGAUGCUUACUCUAAUUGCGGGUGGCGGGAAAGAAUUGGAAGUAGACGAUAUUACGGUCGAUUUUGAAUACUGCGAGGAAAUAAUCAGCCGGUUUGCCUGGUGCAAACCUCAGGUAGAUGGCGGCGAUCACUUACCACCGGAUUCGCAAGGACCACCAACUUCGGAAGACGAACAGCCAACCUCCCAGCCGUCUGACUCAAUCAGCGAUAGAAUAGUCUCUAUUCCAUCUCCGUCGAAGCCCGGCUCGGCAUACAUCGAUCUUCCUUUCGGCAAACUCUCCGAGCCAGUGGAGAAGGUUUUCUUUGCCAAGGGGGUAACGGAGCGUGAUGUGGACGACGAGGAGAAAGCCAUACCCCUGUUGGUGUACCUUACGCUUUUAGCUUUACCGCCUGAUAUUCGUGGUACCUGUAUGUCACGAAUUGUUUUUGUCGGUGGAGGCUCUCAGAUACCCGGAAUCCGGAGGCGAGUACUCAACGAGGUGUCAGCCAUGGUCAAGAUGUAUGGUUGGGAUCCUGUUCGAGGUGAGGCGUCCCUUAAGGCAGGGCAAAAACGGCUGGCCUUGCGGUCCCAGAAACAGGCAACUUCCGGGAAUGAUAGCGAAGACUCUGCUGCGCCGCCCUCGGAACCUCUGACCAACCCUGAUACUCGCCCUCGAGGGGGCGGCGAACCCGAAGAGGAGGUGGAUUUUGUCGAGCAGAAGCUACGGCGCAACAAUAAAGAUAAGGAUUUGAAACCCCAGGUGCAAGGCGUACUGCGCGAGGUGGAGUCACUCGGCCCCUGGGCUGGAGCUAGCCUGGUGGCGAGCCUGAAGAUCAGGGGACAGGUCGAGGUCGAGCGGGAGAAGUAUCUUCAACAUGGUCUUGCUGGCGCGACCCGGGACUUGGAAUAUGCCCACGCUCCAGACCGGCGUUCUGGUCUGCGGUCGGGAGGAGAUCGAUCGAGCUGGACAUUAGCAGGCUGGGGGUGA